UGGGAGGAGGGAGGGGAAUGGAUCGUUUCUAUGUGAGUCGCCGGAGCUCCCUCUAGCCUGCUUCUUACCACCUGUCCUUGACUUCCAGUGCUCAGACGACACUGAGCGGAAGCUGUGCUGCUCACUCCUCCCGGCUCCUCUCUGUCUGUGUCCAUGUGAGCGGCUGCGUUUCUCACAAUCUCUCACUGUGUGUGUGGCCGUCUACCUGUGGUGCUUCAGUGGAGGGGGGCGAAGAGAGGAACGUCGGCCGGUGGAGCUCUGAUGGGAGGCAGCGCUGGCUCUGGCUGGGACUGGGAUGCUGAACAGGGGGAGGGAGGGCCUGUUUGAGCUGGGACAGCAGCUCCAGCAGCAGGGCGAGUAUCAGGCCGCCCUCCACUGCUUCCUCAGCUGCCUGUUGGGACUGACCCACGUGCAGAGCUUCACCUAUUUGCCCAACUGCCUUCACCAGAUUGCAGAACUCUUCAUCACUGAGAAAAAUUAUGAGAAGGCCCUCCAAUUCAUCCAGGCUGAGAAGAUGUUCUACGAGGUGGCCUUGAUCGAGCUCACCACUCUGCAUGGGAGCGCAGGGCCUCAGGAGGAGGCUCCGCUGGGCUCCGCGGGAUGGACGACUCCAGAGGAGCUUUCGGAGCAGGCCUCCCAGGCACAGCACCUCGAGCGGCUGGCCCAGCUCUGCAUCAUGAGCAAACAGCCGCAUCUCGCUUUGGAAUACAGCGGUAAGGCUGCAAAGAUCCACCAGAGGGCUUUCGGUAAUGACCACCCCAUCACAGCCAGAAGCCUGGAGCUUAUGGCCACUGUCUACGCUGAGAUCGGCAAGACUGAAUAUUCAGACUCCCUGGGUCAGUGUGUGUCUGCGCUGUCCAAGCGCUUUGCUGCCGAAGAGGCCGUCACAGACGCCGUCAGCUGUACUCCUCAUUCCCACGGGGGGGAGAAAGACCCGGAGGUUCGCCACAGAAAGGACACCCAGCACCAACAGGAGGAUGCACCGACACCUAAGGUAACCAACGGCAAAGCGCCCACCUCCAUUCUAAAGAGGCCGAGUCCCAGCUACGGGCCGGACACUGAAGCCCACCACAGGCGGAAAGGCGAGCGGAGGGUUCGAUUCAGGGAGCCGGAGACCACCGUACACGCCUAUGAGGCGACUCAGUCCCGCCCCCACCUCGCCCUCUUAACCUGCCUCUUCCUGCUGAUGUCAUUCCUGGGUGUGGCCAUGUACUGCACAGACCGGCGGCGGCCGCAGCGAGCGUGCGAGGAGCUGGAGCACGCUCUGUCCGUCUACCUGCUGCACAUGAAACGCCUUCUGUGGGGCUGCUGGAUUUGGCUGACCAUGCAGUGACCGAGACAGACCAGCGGGGGCGACGUGGAGCCUUCCUUCGUGUUUUUUUAGAGGCGACUUUAUUUUCUCUGAAGGAGCCUACAAGGGCCCACAGACACCUCUGCCUGUUUUUGACAAGGCUCAGUACACCACAAGGCCUGUGGCGUUGAAGAACCCUCGUAGUGAAAAAGGAGAAAAAUGUUUAAUCCCAGAAAUAUGUAGCUAUGUAAAAAAAAAAGUGCUAAGGUGGUGGGCAUUUCACUCCUUAUUUAAGCCAUGAUUUUGCACAUCUGCAAUGUUGAUGCUCACAAAUACGGCUCAGUGAAUCACCACAACAAUUCCAUCUCUCAUGUCACUGUGUAUCGUAUGUAUGUGGGUGGCUGUUUCCAUUGAAUGCAUAAAUUAAUUUAGCUUCAAUACAUGUGUGGACACUAGAUGUUACACAGAACUGAAUGUGUAUACAUGGUUCACUACAAUAAGGACAUGAACGAAUGUGGAGGAGUUGGAAGGCGGGUUCGAUUGGCCCUGUGAUCAUUGGAGGCACAGAUGUGUGAGCGGUUGGAUAGAAAGUACAGGGCUGCAUCACUUCAGCACCAGGUUGAAUGUUUAACAGAUAAUAAUCGCCUCGUUUUCUGCAGGCCGUCUGGUCUUCUGUACAAACGACUGUCUUCAGCUGACUCUUUGCUCCACGAGGAGAAGAUCUGCAGCACAAUGUUAUGAAUUUUCUCACCUUAUCUAAGAGAAUAUACUCAAACUGAAUGGAUACUAAUGCUUUUGACAGUGUUCCUCUUUAUAACCACUUGAAUCCCACCAGAUUUCCUUGAUCCUAAAUGUUAUUUAUUCUUCUAUACUGAAUAUCUGCAUCUAAGAAAAUAUCAAACUUUCAAUUAUUUUCAAUUUUUUAACUUUUUGUUACCUGUUGCAUUUCUAUUUAAAAACGGCACUAUUCAGGUUUUAACCAUUAUGUCAAAUGCUCAUCAAGCUUUGGACAAAAAUGAUACAUAUCAUUUUUUGUCAAGUUCAUUGCCAUUAAUAUGAAGCCAAACAGAAACAUGACAGAAUCCGAUUCUGUAGGUUAUCUUAUGAGUCCCUUUAUCAAUGAAGCAACAAAGAAAAAACACACAAAUGGAUUAUAGGCAUCAAUGGGCACAGAGAGGCACAUCUCAAAGAGCUCUCAUUACAAGCAAUAACACACAUGACAUGGUUUUGAGUAAAACAUUGUUCUUUAUAUAACAGGUUUUGGGGAAAUCGAAAGGAAAUCGUUGGAUUGGAGGUUUUUGCGUUUGAAUGUCAAAGCAAUAUAAGGCUAAAAGCGCCUGUAUGGAAGAAAGAAACACACUCCUCUCGGUACUGUCAAACUAAAUUGUCCUUAGCAAUAAAACAAUGCAGUGAACUCGUGUCCUGCAUUCACCCUUUUAGCUUAGAAGCUGCAUCUCACUGCUGUCCAAACAUUUAUGGUCACUUUGUAAGAAGUGCCUUUAUGGAGGGUCUUCCUACCGUUUUAUGAUUUCUGUUGUUUUGAAUAAAACUGUCAUUGCCUAUCAAA